GCGGGGAGUGCCGCGCAGGCGUCUAGAGCGGCUGGCGAUUUAGUCUCGGUGAUGCUGGGCUCAGCCUAGCCGCGGGAGAGGGUCGAGCAUGGGCUGUGGCGUCGCCCGUGCAAUGGGGCCGUUGGCGCUCGCGUGCGUCUUCUUGUGCCUCUUGGGAUGUCUCCCCGAGGCCGACGGCUUCAGGAGGAAAGGACCUACCGUGACGGCCAAGGUAUUCUUUGAUAUACAGAUUGGUGGCAGAGAUGUUGGAAGAAUUGUAAUUGGAUUGUUUGGGAAAGUUGUACCAAAGACAGUAGAAAACUUUGUUAAACUUGCAACUGGAGAAAAAGGUUUUGGGUAUAAAGGAAGCAAAUUUCAUCGUGUUAUUAAAGAUUUCAUGAUUCAAGGAGGUGACUUCACAGCAGGAGAUGGCACUGGAGGAGUGAGCAUCUAUGGAGACCGGUUUCCUGAUGAAAACUUUAAACUCAAGCACUAUGGUAUUGGAUGGGUCAGCAUGGCUAACUCUGGGCCAGAUACUAAUGGUUCACAGUUCUUCAUUGCCGUGACAAAGCCUGGAUGGUUAGAUGGAAAACAUGUAGUAUUUGGAAAAGUCAUAGAUGGAAUGGUUGUGGUACAUGCCAUAGAACUCCAGCAAACUGAUGAACAUGACCGCCCUCUCCAAGACUGUAUGAUUGUAAACAGUGGGAAAAUAGAUGUGAAAGAACCGUUUGUGGUUGAAGUAGAUGAAUGGACAAGUUGACAGUGUGUGCAAAAGAACUAAACUUUGACAGAUUAUCUACAUAAAUGAGGAAUCUUUCCUAUACAGUAGAAGAGAAAUGAGUUUCAACUUGUUGAAAUACAACUUAUGCAAAAGGUGAACGUGCAAUUGCUACAGCUAUAUUACGUUGUCAUUUAAGAAAAAACUUUCGUUCAUUGUACCGAAUUUAUAGAUUAUGUAUACAUUAAAUUUCUACUAUUGUAAAAA